GACGAGGCUAUAACACGUGCCCGGGAGUUCAAGCGUAUUGGUGUCGAUGCCGUCUUCGUUAAAGCCCUGCCUGAUUGUCAGGCCAUAAGCAAGUGCGUUAAGGAACUAGACAUGCCAGUCUUUGCAAACAUUAUCGAGGGCGGCUUAACGCAGAACUUGUCUGCUAAGGAUCUUGCCAACCUUGGAUUCUGUGCUGUAGCUUAUCUGUGGACACUCGUUGCCGCGAAGUUAAAGAGCAUCCGUGAGACUUUGGAGGCGCUAAAGAAGAGCAUGACUAAAGGCGCUCCACCUAUAAUACUGUCAUACUCUAAGGUUUGUGAGGGCGUGGGCUUUAAUCAGUAUUAGGAUGAGGAGGAACGAUACAAAUACAGUAAAGAUAGACUUAUAAAUGUUGCAGCUGCCGCAAACGGACGCAAUAGCUUGAAUAGACAUUAAUAGGACUCCGCAUGUUCGAGAGAUAGGUAUUAGUCAAG